UUAUUUGUACCAGCGUGUUCGGAAGACAUUUGGUUUUUGACAUUAUUUACCUGUUAAAACAUAACAGGCAUAGCAAACAGCUGAAGAGAACUUGUUUUAAGGACAUACUGAAUGCGUAAAGCUGUCCGCGCACUCGUUGAAAGCAAACCGGCGACUGGUGCUUGGACCCCCCCCUCUCAGCACAUGGUUCAGUCCGUAAUGGACCCCGCAGUCUGAAGGCCCCUCGCUACGCCAUUGUUUUUCAGUUUCAUCUGUGUGAUUCAACAGAGCGACGGCCUCACUGAAUUCAAUCAAUUUCUGCUGAAUAAGAGUUCCCACUUCUGAGGUCAGGUGCGCUUAAAAUUAAGCAUGAGCGAACUGAAGGACUGCCCCCCGCUGAAAUACUACGAUUUCAAACCUGUUGAGCAUGUUAAGGUUUGCCCCCGCUACACUGCCGUGCUCAGUCGCUCCGACGACGACGGCAUCGGGAUCGAGGAGCUGGACACCCUGCAGCUGGAGCUUGAGACCCUGCUGUCCUCGGCCAUCCGGCGCCUUCGAGCGCUGGAGGAGCAGAGACAGAUCCUCACAGACUGGCAGGAUAAAAAAGGGGAUAAGCGUUUCCUGAAGCCAGGCAAGGAGGCGGAUCUCAUGGCCACGCCGCGGCACUCCAAGCCGAAGAAGCAGAAACUGGAUGGCAAAGGAAGCCAUGGCCCAGGACCUGGUCCUGGACGACCCAAGUCCAAGAACCUUCAGCCAAAGAUCCAGGAGUAUGAGUUUAAUGAAGAUCCACAGGAUAUCCCCCGCAAUCCCAAGAACGACACUCCCAACAGGUUUUGGGCCUCAGUGGAGCCGUAUUGUGCCGAUAUUACCAACGAGGAGAUCCGAGUGCUUGAGGAGCUGCUGAAGGUCCCAGAAGAUGAGGCAGAGUACUACAAGGUACCAGCCUUAGGAAAGCAUUACUCACAGCGCUGGGCUCAGGAAGACCUGCUAGAGGAGCAGAGAGAUGGAGCCAGAGCAAAUGAAAAGAAGAAAGGCGUGAUGGGCCCUCUCUCUGAGCUGGAUGCUAAGGAUGUGGACGCCCUGUUAAAGAAGUCAGAGUCCCAACAUGACCCACCCGAGGAUGGCUGCCCCUUUGGCCCCCUCACGCAGCGUCUCCUUCAGGCUCUGGUGGAGGAGAAUAUUAUCUCCCCUAUGGAGGACUCACCAAUUCCCGAUGUGUCAGGGAAGGAUGUGGGGAAUGAUGGUGCUAGCACGUCCCCUCGCAGUCAAGGAAAGCCUUUCAGUGUGCCUCACACACGAUCCCUGGAGAUGCGAAUCAAGGAGGAACUGGUGUCGCAGGGGCUGCUGGAUGCAGAGGAACGGCAGGGAGCAGGUGGGGACUCGGAGGACGAAGUGCUGGCUGAACUGCACAAGCGUCAAGCAGAACUUAAAGCCCUCAGUAUGCAUAAUCGCACACGCAAGCAAGAGCUGCUUCGUCUGGCCAAGGAGGAGAUGAGAAAACAGGAACUUCGACAGCGGGUUCGAGUGUCUGACAAUGAAGUGAUGGAAGCGUUCCGCCGUAUCAUGGCUGCACGGCAGAAGAAACGCACACCUACUAAGAAGGAGAAAGACCAGGCCUGGAAGGCACUGAGGGAAAGGGAGAGCAUCCUGAAAUUAUUGGAUGGGUAGAAAAGUAAGGAAGGGAUGGAAUGGGACCAGGGGGUCAGAGGGUAGAGAUGACUUUCAGGACAUGGAUAGAUUUAUGUAUAGUGCAUGGUUGUGCCCUUUCACAGUGAUUUUGUUUCUCCACACUGACUCAUCUUAGUUCAAAUGUGAUCCAGUUGUUGGGGUAAUGAUUAUAAUACUAAAGUCCAUGAAAGUUGUUUUGGUCUUUACUGUCAGUUUGUCAUUUUUAUAUUUAUGUACAAAGAUGUAUGUUUUAAUAAACAGAACUUUGUUAUAAAUAAUGUAGCGCUACUUUAUAAAAUUAGCUUAACUUUGCAUCACAUGGGUACAUAUUAUGUAGUAGGUUUGUCACUUUUCUGACUUAGGCAAUAAUGCUCAUAUGAGCAAUACUGCAGUACCAAUUGGAUAUUAAAAUUUACACGUGGUAGAGGAUGAUAGUUGAGCGUAUAUUGCAUCCACAAUAUUACAUUAAAAUAUUGAAUGAUUGUCAGGAUCUGCCGUAAAUGAAGAGUGAAAUUGUGGGGGAAGUUCCGCUUUAGAGAAGUUGGAACGAGCAUAAACCGACGUUUAUAACCUAAUUUAAAUUGGAAGGUCUUUUAUAACUGGUUUGCACAGGUUUCGGCAAAGCGUUAGUAUGAUGUGAUUGGUUACUGUUGGUACAACGUGUAAACGGCGCAGCCAAUAAAAACACGCCCUGGUUUUCAUAACGUGACAGCACUCCCUUGAGGAAUAGUAGUAACAAACUAGCAUAGAAAGUACCUGCCGCAGAAAUUAUAAAAUGAAACGGACACAACACAUUUUAAACUUUACACGUCUUUAUUAAGUUAACAUAGAUGAACAUAACAGCUGCAGAAAUUUUUUUUUAUUUUU